UGCGAUCAAGAUGGCCGGUAUUGAGAAAUUUAUUCCAUAAACACGGGAAAGAUAUCUGUAAAAUAUUGUAGCUUGUGUGGUGAUCUACAAUUAUCAAACCCGGUAAAUAAUAGCUCGAGGUUUGAGGGAAGUAUUUAAUACAAGGUUAAACGAGCUGGAGGCAUCCAUUUUGUGCUGACGGCCUGAAUUCGAAGGCAGACAGAACAAUGAUUUGAAUCUGUCUUGGCUCGGUGUUGUAUUUUUAGACAAAUUUUCUACAUCUGUCGCGAUCAAAUAUUGGUGUGCGAUUGACUAAAAAACUCUCACAAUGGCAGACACAAUACCUCCUGCGUCCGACGCAGAAUGCAAUAUUAAAGUAGUGUGUCGUGUUCGGCCAUUAAACAGUUCAGAAGAAAAGGCAGGCAGUAAAUUUGUCCUGAAAUUUCCAACUGAUGACUCCAUAUCUUGUGGGGGUAAAGUUUUUGUAUUUGAUAAAGUUUUAAAACCCAAUGUUACACAAGAACAUGUUUACACAGUGGCUGCUAAACCUAUUGUUGCUGAUGUACUCGGUGGUUAUAAUGGAACUAUUUUUGCGUAUGGUCAAACUUCCAGUGGUAAAACACAUACCAUGGAGGGUAUUUUACAAAAUGAUUAUAUGGCUGGUAUUAUACCUAGAAUUGUUAAUGAUAUAUUUAAUUAUAUUUAUGGUAUGGAUGAAAAUCUCGAAUUCCAUAUUAAGGUUUCCUAUUUUGAAAUUUAUAUGGACAAAAUCAGAGAUCUCUUAGACAUAACUAAAACCAAUCUAGCUGUCCAUGAAGAUAAAAAUAGAGUUCCCUUUGUAAAAGGAUGCACAGAGAGAUUUGUAUCAAGUCCAGAAGAGGUGAUGGAGACCAUAGAUGAUGGUAAAGCUAACAGACAUGUGGCUGUUACUAAUAUGAAUGAACAUAGUUCAAGAAGUCAUAGUGUAUUUCUAAUCCAUGUUAAACAAGAAAAUAUAGAAACUGAGAAAAAACUCCAUGGUAAAUUAUAUCUAGUCGAUUUAGCUGGCAGUGAAAAGGUCAGUAAAACAGGAGCUGAAGGAGCUGUUUUAGAUGAGGCGAAAAAUAUUAAUAAAUCUUUAUCAGCUUUGGGAAAUGUCAUCUCCGCACUCGCUGAUGGCAAUAAAUCUCAUGUACCAUAUCGAGAUAGUAAACUGACCCGUAUUUUACAAGAGAGUUUAGGAGGAAAUGCUAGAACCACCAUGAUUAUCUGUUGUUCACCAGCCUCCUAUAAUGAGUCAGAAACCAAGUCAACAUUAUUGUUUGGUCAACGAGCUAAGACUAUUAAGAAUGUUGUGAGUGUUAAUGAAGAAUUAACAGCUGAUGAAUGGAAGAAGAAAUAUGAGAAAGAAAAAGAAAAGAACGGUAAACUAAGGGGAGUAAUCCAGAAACUACAGGAAGAAUUAGCCCAAUGGAGAAGUGGUGUGACUGUACCAGUUGAUGAACAGAUUGAUGCUAAGACAGCUACAGCAGUAGAAUUAGAUACACCAGUUAAUAGUGCUCCACCGAGUCUACAAGCUAGUGUUACUAAUCUUACUGAUGAUGAACGACGUCAAAUCGAAGAAGAAAAAAUGAAAUUAUAUCAACAACUAGAUGACAAGGAUGAAGAAAUCAACAAUCAGGCACAGUUAAUAGAAAAACUAAAAGAACAAAUGGUAGAACAAGAAGAAUUGAUCAGUCAAUGUAGAAAAGAUUAUGAAGGUGUAACACAAGAGAUGUCACGGAUUCAGGCAGACAAUGAAUCAGCUAAAGAUGAAGUGAAAGAAGUUUUACAAGCUCUUGAAGAACUCGCCAUGAACUAUGACCAGAAAUCCACAGAAGUAGAAAGUAAAAAUAAAGAUAUUGAACAGUUAUCAGAAGAAUUGUCUCAGAAAUUGAUUUCUUUAAAUACGGUUCAAUCAGAGUUUGAAACUUUAAGAGAUUCAUCGUUACAUCAGAAGAAACGUAGUUCCGAUAUGAUGCUUAGUUUAUUAAAAGAUUUAUCAGAAAUAGGUACCAUCAUUGGUGGCAGUGCUGCUGAAUCAAAGUUGAAUAUAACUUCUAGUGAGAAGAUUGAAGAAGAGUUCACAGUGGCUCGUCUUUAUAUUAGUAAAAUGAAGUCAGAGGUGAAAACACUAGCUUCCCGAAACGUAGAAUUAGAAAAUUCUCAAUCUGAGUGCAAUAAAAAAUUCGAAGAAUCCAAGACAGAAUUAUCUGACUGUAAAUUAAAGAUAGUGCAGCAUGAAGCUAAAAUUACCACAUUAAAUGAUACGAUUAAAGAUAUAGAGAGUAAGAAACGACAACUAGAAGAGAAUGUUGAUUCAUUAAAUGAAGAAAUAGCUAAACUAAGGGCACAAGAACAAAUGCAUACAACAGCCAUGUCUAAACAAGCUGAAGCAUCUAGUAAACUUCAUUCUGAGGCCCAACUCAAGGAAGCUCUUGAAGCUCAAAUGGAAAGACAUCGUGAAAAUCACCAGAAACAAUUAUCAGCGCUUCGUGAAGAUAUUUCAGAAAAACAGGGAGUUAUUGAUACAUUGAAAGAUACCAACCAGAAAUUAUCUCUGGCAUUAGAGAAACUCCAAUCAGAUUAUGAUAAACUGAAACAAGAUGAGGCCGAAAAAUCAGUGAAAUUAUCCGAACUUUCUGUCCAAAUGGAUCGACGUGAACAGGCUAAACAAGAUCUUAAAGGCUUGGAAGAAACUGUGGCCAAGGAACUUCAGACCUUACAUAAUCUACGAAAAAUAUUUGUACAGGAUCUUCAAAACCGCGUGAAGAAGUCCGCAAAUAAGAAAGAAGAUGACGAAGAAGAAGAUGCUGUAGGAAGCACCGCCCAAAAACAAAAAAUAUCUUUCCUAGAAAAUAACUUGGAACAAUUGACCAAAGUUCACAAACAGUUGGUGCGUGAUAAUGCUGACUUGCGAUGUGAAUUACCCAAAUUAGAAAAACGUCUAAGAGCAACAAUGGAAAGAGUAAAAUCAUUAGAAACUGCUCUACGAGAAGCUAAGGAAGGAGCAAUGAGAGACCGAAAGAGUGAUCAUGAUAGGUAUCAAAUGGAAGUUGAUAGAAUAAAAGAAGCUGUAAGACAGAGAAACUUGGCUAGACGAGGUCAUGCUGCACAAAUAGCUAAACCAAUCCGACCAGGACAACACCCAGGUAAUUCACCUGCUACAGGUACUGGCAUUAGAGGAGGUGGUGGUUCCCAAAAUGGUCCUAAUCCUAUUAAAAUAGAGGGCAAAGCUUAAGGAAAUUAUAUGAAGUGGACCAAGCUAGAUGCUCUGGUUAUCGUAGACUACAAGCUAUAUAUGGAUUGUUUCUCCUAUUGUAGCAUUCCGCUAUUUAACUUUAGGCUGUGUGUGGUGAUAGAUUGAUCAUUUAUUCAGCCAAUUAUUUCAUUUCAAUAAGAUUAUAAACGUGCAAAUAUUCGUACAACUUCUUUGCUUCACGGUCAUCAUUAACAUUGCCAGAAUUUCUGAACUUCAUAAUUUUAAAUUGUUUAUUUUGGUGAUGGAGUUAACAGUUUUUAAAAUGGGACUACAGUAGUGUUAAUGAAAAAAAAAAUUCAUUAUGUCUUCAGCUCGGUUAGCUUUCGAUAAUUUGAAGAAGAUUACAGAUCAUGUUCUCUGAAAAAGUUGAAACUUGGCAGUGCUUUACGUUGAAGAUGUAAAAUUUGAGAGAAUUUGUGUGCUGUGCAUAAUGAUUCCAAUAUUGUUUUGGCAAUGUUAAUAUUCAUCAGUCAUUCAUACCUCAUUUCUUGACUAGUGCAGCCAUUUCUAGCUAUUGAUGUCAUAUAUCUAGUUUUAUUACUAUAUAAAUUAUUAAUAAGUAUAUAAGCAACUGGAAUAAUGAAUUAUUUAUCCACAUUAUGUAAUAUUUAUUUCUGUCGUCCCAUUGGCUUUGCUAACCACCAUGUAAAUUUUACACCUAGCUUAAAUUUGGCUAGUGCUGAUGUUAGGAGGCCAGACCAUUUAUAUACUUUUUGUGAUUCUUUGGGUCUUAAUUGUAAUAGUAUGCUACAUUGAAAACAUUUGAUAAUUCACCAUUAGAAUUAAAUACCUUUCGGAUUAAAAACAUUACUUUGACGUUUCAGCAUAUUAUGGAUUUUCUAUUUUUAGACUUGGAAAUUUUUUUUGAAUACUAGUACAUAAUAUAAAGCCUAAAAAUAAUAACUCAGUACGUGUUUGAUUAGAUCUCCACAUGUCUAUACCCAUAUCUUUAAAUAAAUGUAGUAAUUUACAUGUGUUAACGUAUUACAGAGGAAAGCUUUUAAAACAUAUUCAAAGAUUGAAAAGAUAAUGCUUCUUAAGAGUUUUCGAAAGAAAUUAAAUUGUUUCUAUUCAAAAUCUACAUGAUCAUUGAUACUUUGAGGACAUAUUGAAAAAAAAAGAGAAAAGUUAUUAAAUAGGGAAUAUCCUUAUUCUUUCGGGAGUGAUGAAAAUAAGAGAUUGUGAAUCACCCUCAAUGAAUUCUUUGUGAAAGAUGGAAGUACUUUAUAAAAUAAAGUUAAGAGAGAAGAAUUUAUUCCUUUAUAUUCAAAGUCAUGCUUUUUUCGAAAGACUGGAAAUCUUAAAGGAUUCUAGAAGGGGGUAGAUAGAGUGUGCGAUUUGUCCUCUCAGAUUUAACUUUAAUUUAAGAACAAUUGAUGGGUUUUUAUUAACUAAUUGAAAACAAAUCAGUAAGUUUCAAUCUGUAUUAUGUUCAGUGAUUGUAAAAUAUUGUAUAUAGAUGAUUUCUUUUCAUUUUUUUUUUAUUUUUUUUUUUUAGAAAAUUUAAAGGGAAAAAAAGUUGUAAUAUGAUGAUUGAAUAUCAGUUCAUUCCUGAUCGAAAACAUAUAUUGUUGUAUAUCUUUGCUUCCCUAUUUGCUUGUAUCAUUAAAAUUUUAUAUCCAUUAAAAAAUAUAGCUUCAGGCAUGGUUCUGAUUCUUUGUUGUCUACUUACACAUAAUCAGUGUUUGAGAACUGGGUAGUAUGCCGAUAAUUUGCACUAGAGCAAAAACAUGCAUUGCACUUAAGCCAAAUAAUGCAUAAAAAUCACGUUUUUCUCUAGAGAAGAAUGUGCAUGAGACAUACUUUCAACACUGAAUAUUUUUAAGGUGAUCAGCAAGAAAUUUGGCCGUGAUGAGCUAGAUCACAUGUACUUUGAGAUUUAGGAUUUAGAAUGUCUCAAUUGGUUUGUAGAAAUGUUUUCAAGCAUAACUUGUAUGUAAAUUGAUAUCCAAUUACUAUCAUUAUAUGAUCUAUGUUGAAAUCACUGCUAUAUAUGUAAACUUUGUUCUUGUUAGUGGCCAUAUUGUUGGGCUUACUGUAGGUGUUUUGUUUUUCUGUAUGUACAUUAUUAAAUAUUUUCAAGUUCCUGUCUAAAAUCUAAUCAAUUAAAGUAUUUGAUAUGACAAUUGUGAAUGGUUUUUAAGUUGCUCGAAUUUAUGAAUUUGGUAAAUAAAAUGAAUAUGUGCUGGAAUAUUGUUUGCAAAUAUUAUACUUAAAAGGCGAUGUUCUAAUCAAAUGUUUCUCUCAAUAUGCUAUUUAUCUAUAAAUCUGUACUUGAGUAAUAUUUAUUAACACUGUGUAAUCGAUUUACUCAUAUAAACUUUGAACUUCGACUUUACUAUCAAUGUAUGUGGUGUUAUUAUAUAUAACUGCUAUAUUCUAUAAUAAUGAUUUACAAUCUUAAAACGUUGUGUACCGGUAAUAUUAUUUAUAGUCUAUGAGAAAAUUUAAGCUUAUAUACAAUGUAUUUUCACCAUUUUGAAUAGAGGACAAGCGUCCAAAAUGCAUUUAUAAUUUAUUUUGACAAAGAAUAAAAUAUGUUAAACAAAGUGUAUUUGACAUCAGUAAUUCGUUAAGAAGGAAAUGAGUAUGACUACCAGUAGCAAAGAGGUAGACAAAGUCUUAAAAAGAAAUUGAGGGAAAAACCCCCCUUAUAUCUCUAUCUUAUAGCAUUGGCUUUUGCACGCAAAGCAGAGUAUUUAAAAUUUAGAACAGGAGGGAAUAUUGUUGUUUUGUUUCAUUAGGUCUUGUUUUUUCAAAAUAAAUCCACUCAGGAAGACCGUAACUGAAAUGACAACAUGAUUGAGGUGAGGUAGCUUGAACAAAUAAGACAAAAUAUUUGUACAUUUCUGUUUAACCUUGCAUUAGAAUUGUGUCUUAUAGUAUAGUAGUCAUGAAUCUAGGUUGAUUAUGUAUCAUGUUAAUGAGGCUUUAUUAUCAAUUAAUUAAUUAAUUAUAAUUUAUACUCUUUAUUUUUAACAAUGGUGCUCUGUGUAUGAUGUUAGUCUUUCAUAUGGGAAUAAAAUAAACAGCAAAUUGUGUUGAUUAGCAUUUGACUGGAUGUUGAAAAUCCCUGCUUCUUUGUGUAAAUAUACUUUGUAUUAAAGGAGUGUGCAAGGAAGCAAGUAUUUUCAAUGAUGCAUUUAGCUCUUUGUAAUAUAGUAUUCCUUUUCCUUUCUUUAAGAGCACCAUUGUGUCUUGUACAUGUACAUGUAUUAUUUUUUUUUUUGUUAAUAUUUUUUGGUGGUAAUGUGUUAUUUAUUUUUAGGUUGUUGGAAUAUUUUAAACCAGCAGAGGAAAAGAAAAAAAAAACAUUUAAAAAUAUUCCCCCAUGUCCACUUAGUAUAAAAUAUAUAUAAAUGUAUCUCCUGCUUGUACACCUAUUCAAAAUAAAUAUUAAUUUGGAAACAUGAUAUAGAAAUAAAGCUACCCACUUGUUAUGGGCUUUAUUGUAAAAUAUAAUAUUCAUUAUUCUUUAAAGGAGUUAAAUCUCUAAUAUUUGGGACCUAGAAAUAGACACAAAGAUCACAACAUCAAUGUUGAUUUAAAUUGACAUAACAAUUCGUGUUUUCAAUGUCGAUGAUAUUGAGUUAGAGACUUAGCUACUUUAAAGUAUGAAAUAUUAAAAUGUUAGAAAUUGUGUAAUACAGUGCUAAACGAAACCAUUUUCAUACCUCAAUCAGCAUGGCUUAGAUAGAAACAUCUCAAAUAUUCUCUUAAACUGUGCACUUUUAUAUCAUUGAUAAGUAUGUAUCAGCUCCAAGAAAAAAAUUAAUGGUGGAAAGGGAAUAACAAUGACACAUAGAUUUGUACAUCUGUGAAAUAUUUAAUUAUAACAUAUACAUGUGGAUAUUACCCAAAACUGUGGCCUGGUUUUCUGAAAUAUUUUUAUUUGUAUUAGCUGUGGAGUUUAUUUUGUUGGUUGUGUCAGUGAAAGUAUAAUUUUACACAGAGUCAGCUUAAUACCAGAAGGAAAAAACUCAGUCCAUUUGUUAUAUUGUCAGCUUAGUAUAGAAAAAUUGGAGUCAUUUUUUGCUGCUAUUUGUUCAGUGUUUUACAUUGAUAAAUGUAAGCUUUACUCUGCACAAUAAAUACAUUUACAUCUAA